CUCUAAACAAAACCAAAACACAAAACGUUUGUUGGCAUUUUUGUUAUCUUAAAAGAAAAGAGCUAAAAUGUCGGAGCGUAAAGUCUUAAAUAAAUACUAUCCGCCGGACUUCGACCCGUCGAAAAUUCCGCGCAUGAAGCUGGCCAAGAAUCGGCAAUAUACUGUACGAUUGAUGGCACCCUUUAAUAUGCGCUGUAAAACGUGCGGCGAGUACAUAUACAAGGGUAAAAAGUUUAAUGCACGCAAGGAGGAUGUGGAGAAUGAGACAUAUUUGGGAAUACGCAUCUAUAGAUUCUACAUCAAGUGCACGCGCUGCCUGCAGGAAAUUUCUUUUAAGACAGAUCCACAGAACACAGACUAUGAGAUUGAAGCGGGUGCCACGCGGAAUUUUAUGGCGCUGAAACUGGCAGAGGAGCAGGCCAGACGAGAGGAGCGUGAAUUACGCGAGGAGGAAGCAAAUAAUCCCAUGAAGCUACUCGAGAAUCGAACCCAACAGUCGCGUAAUGAGAUAGAAAUGUUGGAAAGUCUGGAAGAGCUGCGAGAUUUAAAUAGACGUCAACAAACUGUGGACUAUACAACUAUGUUGGAGCAGUUUAAUCCAGUGGAAACAGAAACAGAGCGGCUAGAGCGAGAAGAGCGGGAGGACGAGGCAUUAGUCAAAUCUAUUAGCUUUCGUAGCAAAGCGGAGGGCGGUACACGCAUUGUAGCUGAGGAAAUCAUUGAGGAGGUAAAGGAGGAAUCGGAAUCACCCACACCUGCCAAACUGUCAAAGCAAGGUGCAAUGUUAGCGCCCAUUGCCACUAAAGUGCCUAACACGCAGCCUUUGGUUAAGCGUAAGACACCCUUGGUAUUGGUUAAGCCAAAGACAGUAUCAACAGGGACAAGUGCAGCUCCAGCUACAACAGCAAAACCUACAACAACAACUACUGAAGCUGGCACCUCCAAGCCCGCUGGCUUGUCGCUCCUAUCCGCUUAUAGUGACAGCUCAGAGGAUUCCAACUGACCUUUGCUUUGCGUAAAACAUUUUGCAUUUCACACGUGUAUUAAUAAAGA